UGAAACCGCAUUAAAACCAAACGCCCCCUUCUUGUCCGCCAUCUCCCGCGAUUGUCGCACAACUUUAGAGAGAGAAAGAUAAACCGAAAAAGGAACAAUCGAAAAAAGGGAAAGUGAGAAAGUUUCUCUCUUUUUCUUUUCUAGAGAGAGAAAGAGAAGUGUGUACAUGAAAAUGGCAAAAAAGAAGAGCACAAGAUUGUUUCAACAUUGUAGACUUGAAUAAGUGGUGGUAUAAAAACCAAACCCCAUUUCCCAUUUCUCUCUGAUUCCGUCCAUUCUCGCUCUGCCACAAGAAAUCAGAGAGAGAGAGAGAGAGAGAGAGAGAGAGAGAGAGAGAGAGAGAGAGAGAGAGAAAGAGAGACCAUUUCUCUCUGAUUCCGUCCAUUCUCGCUCUGCCACACGAAAUUCAGAGAGAGAGAGAGAGAGACCAUUUCUCUCUGAUUCCGUCCAUUUUCGCUCUGCCACACGAAACUCAGAGAGAGAGAGAGAGGAGAAAUUGGAGAUUACCUAACUCGGUUUGGCUCGUUUCCCGAUCUGGGUCGGACCGGGGCAGCUCCGAAACCGCCGGGGUUUUAUGGUUCCGCCAUUAAAAUGGGUUGCGUGAGCUCCAAGCAAGCCGUGUCCGUGACGCCGGCGUUCGACCACUCCGGGGCUCUGAGGGACGGAAUCAGCAACAACGGGAAUUCGGGUCGGAGCCGGGUCGGAUCGGAGGUUUCCGAGAAGAGAAACGGCGGCGGGUCGGGGAGGAGGAAGGGGAAGGUGGGGAGUGGGAGUGAGUUGGUGGGGAGCGAGUUGGGUGAGUCGGGAAGAGCGAGUUCGAAUGUUAAUGUUAAUUGCAAUGGUAAUGGUAAUGGAGAGUCGUUGAGUUUUAGAUUAGGAAAUCUUCAGAAGUAUGUGGAGGGAGAGCAGGUGGCGGCGGGUUGGCCGGCGUGGCUCAGCGCCGUUGCUGGAGAGGCCAUCCAUGGAUGGGUCCCACUAAGAGCCGAUUCAUAUGAGAAGCUUGAGAAGAUUGGACAAGGUACGUACAGUACUGUAUUUCGGGCUAGAGACCUUGAGACCGGGAGGAUAGUUGCCUUGAAGAAGGUACGGUUCGACAAUUUUGAGCCUGAGAGUGUAAGGUUUAUGGCGAGAGAAAUCAUGAUUCUUCGCAGGCUUGAUCAUCCUAAUGUAAUCAAAUUGGAGGGCUUGAUCACUUCCAGACUAUCAUGUAGCUUAUACCUUGUGUUUGAGUAUAUGGAACAUGAUAUUACUGGACUCUUAUCUUGUCCUGAUAUCAAGUUCAGUGAAUCACAGAUUAAAUGCUACAUGAAGCAAUUGUUAUCUGGACUCGAGCACUGUCAUUCGCGAGGUGUAAUGCACAGGGACAUAAAGGGUUCGAAUCUUCUGGUGGGCAACAAUGGGAUUUUGAAGGUGGCUGAUUUUGGAUUGGCAAACUUCUGUAAUUUCGGGCACAGGCAGCCCCUAACGAGUCGCGUUGUGACGUUAUGGUACCGUCCUCCUGAGCUUUUGCUGGGGUCAACGGAUUAUGGAGCCGCUGUAGAUCUCUGGAGUGUUGGGUGUGUAUUUGCGGAACUGCUCAUGGGGAAACCUAUUCUUCAAGGGAGAACAGAGGUUGAACAAUUACACAAGAUUUUCAAGCUUUGUGGCUCCCCGCCGGAUGACUACUGGAAAAAGUCCAAACUACCCCAUGCAACUCUUUUCAAACCACAGCAACCUUAUGAUAGUUGUCUACAAGAGACUUUUAAAGAUUGUCCCACAACAAACGUAACCCUUCUCGAGACACUUCUUUCUGUCGAACCAUACAAACGCGGGACUGCCUCCUUGGCUCUUGCGUCUGAGUACUUUUCGACAAAGCCUUAUGCAUGUGAUCCGUCAAGCUUGCCGGUGUACCCACCUAGCAAAGAGAUUGAUGCUAAAAACCGGGAGGAGGCAAAGAGAAAGAAGAGCAGUGGGAGAGUUCGUGGGCCCGAAACAAGAAAGCCGACAAGAAAACCCGUUGUAAUCAGCAAAUUGGCACCAGCAGAGGACUUGGCAGCCCAAACUCAUGACUCGCGUAAAAGCAAUGGUUGUCAUAUACAUAUUCUCAAAGAUGAAAAUGGCAUCUCAUCCGGGGAGGUCGCAAAACCAUCAACUGAUAAAGAAGAAGAGGCCUUGCACAUAAAGAAUGAAUCUCAAGGAGACAUACCGUUUUCGGGCCCACUACAGGUUUCCACGUCAAGCGGCUUUGCAUGGGCUAAAAGACGAAAAGACGACGUGCCCACAAGAUCCCACACUCGAUCUAUAUCAAGAGGAAACAUUUUUAAUCCAGUAGAACCUUCGGUUGCGUUGCAUGCAAAGAAUAAUUUUGAUUUGAAAAGGCAUGAAAAUGGAGAUGUUAUGCACAGGGGAAGGACCGAGUCUAGAGGCCAUGAUUCGUACGAGAUUGCUAAGCUUGCAAUCCAGAAUCAAUGGGGCAAGUUUGAGCGUCCAGAUUCUUUUGAUGCUUCUGAUGUUUAUCACUCGCAGGAAUUGUCUUUGGCACUUUACCAGAGAGAAGGGCUGGGAGCUACUAAAAGUGAUCUGGGAUUUCAGGAUCAAGGAGAGAAAGUGGAAUUUUCUGGACCCUUGUUAUCCCAAUCAAACAGAAUCGACGAACUCUUAGAGAGACAUGAGCGCCAGAUAAGAAGGGCAGUUCGUAAAUCAUGGUUCCAUAGAGGUAAGAAGUUUGGAAAAUAGUUUGUUUGACAUGCUUCGUCUCGAAGGAACUUGGGUGGAGAACAGGCCUGCCUCUCUGACAGUGCUCAGAUUUUACAAGCGUUUGACGAAUUGAUUCCCGGGGUCGUCGCCAAUCCGGCUGCUAUAAACUAAUAGUAGUUGACAAAGUGAGAAUCUCCGGCACAAACUCGGUGAAGAAGAGACAUCAAGAAGCAACAAUAAGAACAGCAUAGUGAAAUUCAAAGGUUCGAGUCCUGGGAGAGAAAACAAGAAUAGUAUCAUAGUGUCAUAGAUUGAUGAUGAUUAUGGGAAUUUUCUUUCUUUUAUCUAUGAUUGAUCAUUUCCCUUUCUCUUGUUUAACGUUUGCUUCUUUAGCUAUUGAGGUGUUUAGUACCAUCCGGCAAUGUAUAUAUACAGAUCAAUGGGGAUUAGAUUAUGAAGCAAAGGCCUUGUAUAUUCUUUUUUAAGGUUUCAUAAUGAUUAAUGCAUUAGGUUUUUCCUCAUAAUUUCCUCUGUUUCUUUUAAGUUUCUUGGACAAUU